GAGAGUGUGUGUGUUCUGUAUCGAAAAUGAAGGAAGAAGGUGCCAGGGGAACCCAUGUUCUAGUUUUCCCAUUUCCUGCUCAAGGCCACAUAAACCCAAUGCUCCAAUUCUGUAAGAGGUUAGCCUCCAAGGGACUUAAAGUCACCCUAGCAACAACUCUCUUCAUCACCAAGAUUGCUCACAAUGAAGUCAGCAAUAUUAGAGUUGAGGGUAUAUCUGAUGGCUUUGAUGAAGGUGGCAUGAAGGAAGCUGAAAGCCCAUAUGCUUAUCUUGAACGUUUCCAAAUCGUGGCUCCACAAAGCUUAGCCGAACUAAUCGAGAAACAAGAAAGCUCUGGCUAUCCUUUCAGGUGCCUCAUCUAUGACUCUAUGAUGCCUUGGGCACUAGAAAUAGCCAAGCGGUUUGGCUUGGUCACAGCUUCCUUCUUCACUCAGUCAUGUGCCAAUGAUGCCAUCUACUACAAUGUGAAGAAAGGGUUGUUGAGUAUUCCUGUAGAAGGACCCACUGUUUCCCUACCUGGAUUGCCAAUACUAGGAAUCCAUGAUCUACCAGCCUUCAUCUAUAAUUGGGAAUCAUAUCCACCUUUUCUAGAACUUGUUUUGAACCAAUUCCAAAAUGUUGAGAAAGCAGAUUGUCUUCUCAUUAACACAUUCGACAAGUUGGAAGAUGAGGUACUGAAAUGGAUGUCAAAGCUAUAUCCAAUCAAGACAAUUGGACCAACUAUGCCAUUAAUUUAUCUGGACAACCGGGUAGAAGAUGAUAAAGACUAUGGUCUAAGUCUUUUUCAGCCAAGCAAGGAAACCUACAUGGAUUGGCUAAACAUGAGAGAAGCUGGAUCUGUCAUCUAUGUAUCCUUUGGGAGUUUUGCUGAGCUUGGAGAUGAGCAGAUGGAGGAACUAGCAUUGGGUUUGAAGAGUAGCAACCACUAUUUCUUGUGGGUAGUAAGGAAAUCUGAGGAGAACAAGAUCCCCAAGAGUUUGGUUGAGGCUAAGUCAGAGAAGGGGUUGGUGGUAGCAUGGUGUUCCCAAUUGGAGGUUUUGGCUCACAAUGCAGUAGGAUGCUUCAUGACUCACUGUGGAUGGAACUCGACAAUAGAGGCUGUGAGCUUGGGAGUGCCGAUGAUCGCGAUGCCGCAAUUGGCAGAUCAAACCACUAAUGCAAAGUUUGUGGAGGAUGUAUGGGAAGUAGGAGUUAGAGUUAAAUUGGAUGAAAAGGGAAUUGCAAGGAGGGAAGAGAUAGAGCAAUGUGUAAAGGAAGUUAUGGAGGGAGAUAGAAGAGAACAAAUUAAGAAAAAUGCUUUUAGAUGGAAGGUGUUGGCCAAAGAGGCUGUAGAUGAAGGGGGAAUUCAGAUAAGAACAUUGAAGAAUUUGUAGCUUCACUUUUAUGUGCUUGAUUGUGUUGUUCUCAUUGAAGAAUUUGUAGUUGUUUCUUU